UGAGGCAACUAUGAGAAAAAUGGCAGCGUACUUGUAGUCUAGAUUUUAUUUGUCGAUGCAAAUAACGCGAACUGCAGUUUCAGUGAACUAAUAUUACGGUUCUUUCAUUACGAUCUGUACUCGAACCACCGUGGCCCAGGAUACAAAGGACUGGAACUGGCCGCCACAGGCAAACGACAAGAACCGUCCGUGACCGGCCCCAGUCUCCCGCGAUGCGUGCAGUCAUCCAGCGGGUUCGAUCAGCAGCAGUCCACGUUGACGGACGCCUCAUAAGCAGCAUCGGUCGCGGCCUGUGCGUUUUAGUUGGCAUUCACCGUGACGACACCGAAGAUGACAUCGAUUACAUCGUACGCAAGAUCCUCAAUCUCAAGCUGUUUGAUGACGACGCUGGCAAGCGGUGGAAGCUGUCGACGAAAGACCUGCAGUUUGAAGUACUCUGUGUGAGCCAGUUCACGUUGUAUGGCACGCUCAAAGGAAACAAGCCCGACUUCCACCUUGCCAUGGAAGGGGACCGUUCGAAGCAGUUCUAUGAGAGGUUCCUUCACAAGAUCAGGGCAGAGCACAAGGAGGACUUGGUAAAAGAUGGCGAGUUUGGAGCACUGAUGCAAGUGGAUAUUCAAAAUGACGGCCCGGUCACUCUGGAAAUUGAGUCGUCUGCUUUCCGGAAGGCCGUGCCUUUGCCACAGGAGCGUGGGGAACCGGAUGGCGGUGCUGCAGAUGAUUCAGUUCCUUGAUUGAACAAAGAAGAAAUAAUUCUAAGGACUGUUUGAGGCUCUGCCCUCGCACUGCCGAUUUCAUUACGAAGAGCAUCCCAUGUGUGACACCAUCUGUGUCAUGACUUAUGGCUCUUUGCGAUGUUAUUCCUCUGUUACAGAGCACUCAUUGACUAUUCUACCCUGAACUAGGCUGAAGGAGCUCAUAGUGAUAUAUGAAGAUGCAUCAUGCUAUGGCUUUUCAUGGUAAACUGGGCAUCAUCGAGUGGGUAUUUAUGAAAAGCGUUUCAUAGUUGCAUAAAUGCUUACUGGUGGUUGGGCAAAUUCUUCAUAUCUGUAUUAUGUGUAAAGCAGGAUGCAUAAAAUGUUGACAGUUUGCAAUUUGUCAAGAUCUCAGCAGCUUCCGGCCUAAUCUGUCACCUACUUGGCAUUAAUGUUUACUGCUGAUUGAACAAAUGGUCAGCAGAUGUGCAGUGUGUCUUUUUUUUCUCUUCUUUUUAGUAUUAAAUAUAAGGCAGUGGACUUUAUCAAAAUAUUUUUACUUUGAGUUCACUGUUGGUGAUGUACAUGCAAACUUCAAAUUCCGAUGAGACCCACCACAGUGGCUGUGGCCUUCUUCUGCUGAGCAAAAGGUCACAAGCUAGAUUCCAGGGAGGCCAGAGCAGCCACAUUCCACUGGUAGUGGAAUGCAAAAACAUUUUAGUACCAAGCUUUGGGUGCAUGGAAAGGGCGUGUUGCAAUUCUAGCCAGCAUUGUAGACAGUCCACAUUAACAGCUAAAAGCCGGCUUCCAGCCCAAGUAAUAGAAUGCAUCUGGAACCAUCUGGGAGACCUCUCUGUGAUGUGACGCCAAGUCGUGUUGAGAAGAAAUAAAAUGGAAAAGCGCAUAUUUUUACUGUAUUUUAACACUUUGCAUGUGCGAACUUAUGAAAAGUUUUAUUGUACCUUGCAUUAAGUGUGCAAGAAAGUAUGACUACUUUUUGAGUAUGACUACUUUUCCCGUAAGCAGACGACCUUCUGUAGAGUUUCCAAGCCAUCUUGUUUGAACAGAAAAGCUUGCGUCGUUUUGAACUUCAAUUCUGUCUACGCGAAGCUGUUUCUAUUGCCAGCUUAAGAUGGCUGCUGUACACUUAGUUGCGUGUUUAGCCGUCUACGGCGAGUAUUGGAACACAGUCCAAGAAACCCUGAAUGGCCAAACUUUGUUCGAAAACCUCUAUUGCGGUUUCUCUCAUAGCCCUAUGUUGCUUCAAGAUGUUUGCAUCUCCUUCAAAUUUUGAAUCAGAACAUCAAACUUGGCUAUGUGGUUCUGUGAUAUUUGAGAUGAUCAUGUUUUAUGUUCUCUCUUUGGGAAUGCAUAUGUGUUCUUGAAUUUCAUUGGCAUGCUUGUUAUGCAGUUUUGUUAGAAUUAAAGCAUGGAAUUCUGA